AUGGAGUUCGCUGAGCUCAUCAAGACCCCCGGGUGGACAAGGUGGUCCUGCACCGACCCUUCCACCCGGCAGUGGGCGGGACCCUGUGUCUGACGGGUCACCAUCUGAUCCUGAGCUCCAGACAGGACAACAGUGAGGAGCUCUGGCUGCUCCACUCCAACAUUGACUCCAUAGAGAAGAGGUUCGUCGGCUCUUCUGGGACCAUCACCAUAAAAUGCAAGGACUUGCGCAUAAUCCAACUGGAGAUCACAGGGAUGGAUGAAUGUAUCAACAUCGCUAGUUCUAUUGAGGCCUUAUCCACUCUGGACACCAUCUCCCUGAUGUACCCGUUCUUCUACCGGCCAAUGUUCGAGGUCACUGAAGACGGAUGGCAUGCUUUCCUGCCUGAACAAGAAUUCGAACUUCUCAGCUCAGAGACCGAUGAAUGGCGGCUGAGCUACGUGAAUAAAGAUUUCUCUGUGUGCCCGUCAUACCCUCCCAUCGUCAUCGUACCAAAUCUAUCGAUGAUGAAUCACUGCGGAAAGUAGCUGCCUUUCGGCAAGGUGGGAGAUUCCCGGUUCUCAGCUAUUACCAUCGUAAAAAACGGUAUGGUGAUGAUGCGCAGCAGUCAGCCUCUCACCGGGACCAACAACAGGCGCUGCAAGGAAGACGAAAAGCUUAUAAACGCCACGUUAAGACCAGGAAAGCGUGGCUACAUUAUCGACACCCGUACUCUGAAUGUGGCACAGCAAGCCAGAGCCCGGGGGGGCGGCUUUGAGCAGGAAGCAUACUACCCACAAUGGAGGAGAAUCCACAAAUCCAUUGAAAGAUUUAACAUCCUGCAGGAAAGUUUGAUCAAACUGGUAGAGGCCUGCAAUGACCAAUCUCAUAACAUGGAUCGCUGGCUUAGCAAGUUGGAGGCCUCUAACUGGCUGAACCACAUCAAAGAGAUUUUAACCACGGCCUGCCUGGCGGCACAGUGCAUCGAUCGGGAGGGGGCGUCAGUGUUGGUCCAUGGCUCAGAAGGCAUGGAUUCCACAUUACAGGUGACGUCUUUAGCCCAGAUCAUCCUGGAUCCCAAAUGCAGAACCAUCCGUGGCUUUGAAGCAUUGAUUGAGAAGGAAUGGUUACAGGCUGGUCAUCCAUUCCGGCAUCGCUGCACACAGUCCGCGUACUCCAACAGUAAGCAGAAAUGGGAGGCCCCGACUUUCCUCCUGUUCCUGGACUGCGUGUGGCAGAUCCUCCGCCAGUUUCCCGUGUUCCUUCCAGUUUAACGACCGCUUUCUCAUCACGCUCUUUGAGCACGCCUAUGCCUCUCAGUUCGGGACCUUCCUCUGCAACGACGAAUAUGAGAGGAGUAAACUGAAGCUCCAGCAGAAGACUUUAUCCCUCUGGUCCUGGAUGAACCAGCCAACGGAGCUCCACAAAUUCACCAAUCCCUUAUUCGAAGCCAAUGGGUUGGUGAUCUGGCCAUCGGUGGCUCCCCAGAGCCUUCAGUUAUGGGAAGGUGUGUUCCUGCGCUGGAAUCGGCCCUCUAAGUACUUGGAGGACGCCUAUGAAGAGAUGAUCCACAUAAUAGAGUACAACAAGGAGCUGCAAGUCAAAGUCAACGCACUGAGGAGGCAGCUGGCCGAGCUGGAGACCGAGGAUGGGAUUCUAGAGACUCCAUAG